AUGACAUCACAACAAGUGCUGAUGCACUAUGAUCCGAAACUACCAGUUGUAUUGCCAUGUGACGCCUCACCUUUUGGACUUGGCGCUGUUUUGUCACAUCGCCUGGAGAGUGGUGAUGAAAAGCCCAUUGCAUACGCUUCACGGAGUCUGUCAACAGCUGAAAAGAACUAUUCUCAAAUAGAUAAAGAAGCUUUGGGAAUUGUGUGGGGAGUUAAAAAGUUCUAUGCCUAUCUGUAUGGCCGGAAAUUUACCUUGAUAACAGAUCAUCAGCCACUGGUUUCGAUAUUUCACCCUCAGAAAGGUAUUCCAGCCACAACAGCAGCACGACUUCAGAGAUAUGCAUUAUACCUAUCAGGGUUCCAGUAUACUAUCGAAUUUAAGGGAACGAAGCGCCAUGGAAACGCCGAUGGUUUGUCUCGCCUACCCCUACAACAAGGUGGAGAGUUUCAAGAAUCGGACGUCGACGUAGCACAUGUAUUUAUGAUGUCACAAUUCGAGAAUUUGCCGGUAUCAGUUCAGGAGGUUCGGCAAGCCACCAGGAGAGACCCCACACUAUCACAAAUAUUAAACAUGGUUAUGAAUGGCUGGAAUAGAGACGUCAAGGCUGUGCCAGACCUGGCUGCUUAUUUCAGUAGAAAGUCUGAAUUAACUGUACACGAAGGCUGUGUAAUGUGGGGAAUACGCGUGGUAAUUCCUGAAAAACUGAAACCCAAGGUCAUGGAUCAAAUUCAUGAAGGUCAUCUUGGUGCGGGCAAGAUGAAAUCACUCGCGCGAAGUUAUGUAUGGUGGCCAGAGAUUGACACCGACUUAGAAAAUCAGGCUAAGAAAUGUCAUGGAUGUGUAUUGCACAAGAAUAACCCUAAUGCUGCGCCAGUACAUCCAUGGGAGUGGCCACAGCGACCUUGGCAACGCGUUCAUGCCGACUUUCGCCGGGCCAUUUGA